AUGGGGUCUGGUUCAUCAUCCUUCAAAUCCCAAGUGGAGCAAGCAAGCGUCGCCGGCCUCAAGCAGGUCGUUGCGGACCUUGGGCCCGAGGAAGUGGAGAAAGUGAAGGCGGCUCUGCACCUGGCGCGUGCGAAGAAGAGCCGCGUCAGGGUGAAGUGCGGGGAGAGGACCUUUGCACCCUUUGGAAUGCGAACAGAUCUUGCAGAAGAUCCUGCAGUGACCAAGGACUUCAAGCCCUACAAGAGAGAUGAGGACUCAACUUUGCCUGAAAAGGUUGACCUUCGCAAGUACAUGAGCCCAGUGGAAGACCAAUCCAACACCAACAGCUGCUGUGCCAAUGCAGUGGCAGGGGCCAUGGAGUACAUCAAUCAAAAGCAUGCCCGGGAAACCGGGGAUAAACCAGGUGACAUCUCCCGGCUUUUCAUCUACUACGUCGGCCGGAAGAUUGAUAUGGGAGAAGAGGAAAAGAUGUGGGGUGGCAAGGGCACGAAGUCCAAAACGGCUGCACCCAAAGACGACGGCAUGAGUGUGAGUGCUGCCAUCACAGCAGUCCAGACUGCGGGUUCUUGCUUGGAACCCACCUGGCCCUACGAUCUCGCGAACGUGAACGAGAAGCCUACGGAUGAAUGCUUCAAAGAGGCCAAGAAGUUCAGGGUGGCGGAGGCCCGGAGACUCUACGUGGAUCUUGACAUGAUGCGGGAGUGCCUAGCAGAAGGCAAUCCCAUCGUUUUCGGCCUCAUGCUCACAGAUCGGUUUUUUUGUCCGGGGCCAAGCGGCUAUAUUCCGACACCCGGCAAAACGGAUCAGAGGGCCGCCAACCAUGGGCUGCAUGCCAUGCUUCUUGUGGGCUACAAUGAUCGCCAGUCCGUCUUCAUUGUCCGAAACAGUUGGGGGGAAAACUGGGGACAAGGUGGCUACUGCUAUCUGGGCUAUGACUACGUGGCCAGUCGCGACUUCAAUCUGUGCCAGAUGUAUGCAAUCACCGGGCUGACGAAUGCAGACUUCACGCCCGAUGCGGACGAUGGUGAGAACUUCGACAUCCAAGAUGAUGCUGAGGAUGUGACAGUGAUUCAUGAUGUGAAUCCGAAUCCCACAAUCUUCGAAAUACUGGAGAUGGAUGAGGAGGAAGAUGCAGAUGAUGGCUUCGACUUCUCCGAGGGCUUCCAGGGAGACCAGGCCGUGCGUCAAUACUUCUUGGACCAAGCCGGGGUCCUCAACCGGUCCCAGUUCCAAAUCUGCCUGACGCUCUUCCACAGGGGCGAGGCUGGAAAGAACUUUGACUGGCUUGCUGCCUCCGACUGGGUGGAUGAUGACUCCAAGCAUCCCGACCACGGAGAGGUCUGGACUCCUAAGGACUUUCAGGAGGUUGUGACGAUGUUCCACAAGGAAAGCGAUGCUGAAAAGUUUCCCAACUUAGCAUUCUUGUUCGAAUAG